AUUUUUGUGUGUGUAAUAAUUUUUUGUUUGAUGUUUACUUCGCCUACUAGCCUCUAAUUUUGACAAAAUAGAUCUAGAUAUCUAUUAUUACUAUAUUAGAUUUAGAUCGAGAUUUAUCUAGAUUGAUCUUUAUGUAGACUUUAUUUAUCUGUCUUGUAUCUGAUAAACUACAACAAAAUAGGAAAACAUUUGAGGUUCAAAGUAACUCACUUCCCUGAGUCUGAGGCUUGACUCGAGCGAGAUAUGGCCCGCAGAGGGAUUAAGCGCAAAGCGCCAGACAGUUAUCAUCUGCCGAACUUUGGAGACUAUACUCCAACAAUGUUUCUUCGGUCCCACAACCAGAAAGAUUUGGAUGAAGAGACAAAAAUCUGGAAAUGUGCCUUCGAGCCUUCAAUAACAAAUCCAGAUGAAACCACUAAUCUUUUGGCCACCUGCGGGGGAAAAACAGUCUGCAUCAUUGAUGUCAUAACACAGCAAGUCCUAAAACGUUUUCAAGACACAGAUAAAAAUGAAAAUUUUUACACAUUAGCAUGGACUACCAUUGAGGUUCCAGGCAAUAAGAAGAUAAAUGUCCUUGCUGUUGCUGGGGAAGGCGCUGCUAUCAAAUUAAUUUACCCAAAUCAUCUUCUGAUGUACGCCACCAUUCGUGGACACAAGAAAUACAUCAGUUGCUUACUGUUUCAUCCCACGCUGACUCGACUCUUGUUUAGUGGCAGUAGGGAUGGUUUUGUCUAUCUCUGGGACAUUGGAGUUCCAGACAAAGCUCCUAACAACCAAUAUGUACCCUUGUUGAAAAUCAGUCUGCAGGACACAGUGGGGGAUGCCCUUAACUUAAUUUUCAGUGAGCAGUCACAGCUGCUGAUUGCCGGCGCAGAGAGAGGAUGUGUUGGCUGGGUUGUAUCAGAUUGCCAUACACUGAUUCCAACACGAAGGGCUCGAGUCAUAGAAAAACCAGAUAUAGUCUUUCAGCAUCCUAAAUCUAAGACUCUAACUAUAGAUGGUUUGAUCAAUUUACCUAAUGACAGGAUAGCUACAAAACAGGUGGGAUCAGGGGAGAUCCUCAUCUGGGAUCUUGCUGACCAUGUGGCGAAAGAAAAAAAAGAAGUCACCAUCGAGCCGUUGCUGAAGCUUAAAUAUCCAGUUCACAACGUGAAAUACUUAAAUCUUGGUUUCAGUAAUGGUCUUCUGGGUGUUGGUGAUGACCAAGGUAACCUGCUGUUGUAUCACAUCAAGGAAGUCUUAGAGAAGCAAAGGUCUGAAGAUGAAGAAAAUGUCUGGGAAGCCUCAAACGUAUUGCAGUGGCCAAACAUAGUUAACCGGCAGCCUGGAGAGUCUCAGCGACAGGAUCUUGUAGUGAAUACUGUGGCUAUAAGCUCUAGCCACGAGUAUGUGACUGGCGGCACGGACAACAAUCUGGUGUGCAUCUGGAAGAGGGACAGCGAGGACGAAGCAGCGGCACUCGACGGACAUAAGGGAGAAGAGACCGAGUCCAAAACAACUGAAAAGUUUCAUGCGGCCUCUCCUUAACUUGCUUUAUCGCCAUUCUUUGGCCAUUGAUUCCUUUUGGUCAAAGGUCACUUUUAUACAAUCAGAGAAGAUCAUUUCUUUUGUCUCCUAAUUUUUUUUUUUUAUUUCUUUGUUUUCCGCCACUGUACAUGUUUUGUUCUCUAUAGAACUAGUCUGACCUCUCAGCCUCUCUUUUUUGUUCCAUUAUAGAAAUUGUUGUCGACUAAAGCAUUUAUUUCAUGUUUUGGGGAGGUAAUCUCUUGUUCGUAAUAUAAAAUGUAUGUUAUCUUUGAGCGCGGUUCACAGUUUUUAACCAUUUGCAAUCAAUUACUUUUUUUAAACAACCAAUCAGAACUUCAUUCGGGUUUGUCAAACCUAUUCAAGGUCAAAUGUUAUUUUAAUUGGCAGGAAAUCAGGGGACUUCCUGCUAAAAUUUAUUUCAAUGAAUAUAAUUUAUAUAUUAGAUCAGUGUGACUUAGUCAACAGUGGGAUUCACAAAUGGGAGUCUGUAAUUUUUAUCAUUUCUAUACUAUAGAUGUAAAGCACUAAUGACUUUUCACUUUCAGCAGAAUGAUGUGGAAGAGUCAUUUAAUAUUUUAUUUGAUUCCUUUUAACUUUUCUGUAGGGCUCAGAUGAUUGGUUAAAUCUCUAGAUGGCCUAACAUUUUGUUUUACAAAACGGUAACAUUUUUAAAGUUUGUCAAAAUCAGAAUUAUCAUUAACCAUUCUCUUUGGUUUUAAUUUGGCAUUAUUUAAUUGCCAAAAAAAAAUAUUAAUUACCAACAGUCAGUUGUGUAAUUUUUUAAUUUUUUUUUUGUGUGAAUAAUUUGGGGUAAAAAUGGACUUAUGAUUUUACUACUGCUUAAUUUUAAAGAAGUUGGUGGAAAAUGUUUAAAGCAGAGUUUUAGACAAAGCCACCAAAUGUAUGUAUACAAAAUUGUGUGUGUAGGUUGUGUAAUUUUGAAUAUGCCUCUUGAAGAGCCUGUUUCUGCUUUGUUUGGUGACCGCAUAACAAAGUAAAAAGUUGACUUUUUUUUUAUUCUUAAACUUUCCAUGUACUACACAUGAUUGACUGAUUGUGUGACAGCUACUUAAAAUGUAGUGUAAGCUACAUUGCAUACUUUAACUCUUUCUCUCCUAACUGACGAUACCAGCGUUGAUUCCGCCGGAAUGUGGUAAAUAAUUACGGAGAGGAAGAGUUAUAAAUGUAAUAAUAAUCAUCAUAUUGUUUUAAUGUGUUCUAUUUUUUUUUUAAGAUGAAAAGAAACUAAGUGACUAGUAUGUGACCAUAGGAAGAGAUUAUUUGUUAACAUUGAAAUGUAUUGUACUUCAUCAUGGAUAUCUCGUAUCGGUAGAUGAAUGAAUCGCCGCCGCACAUCGUCAUCAUUGUAAAUAGCUUCAUUUAUGUACAUUAUUUCAACACCUCUGUGUAUAAGUUUAGAUUUCAUUGCUAAUAGGUGUGAGAGCAUGAGAAGAUUGUUGGGUUUUUUUUUUGUACAAUUUCUUUCUGAAUAUAUUGUUACCAGUAGAAUGAGGCAAACUGAUAGUGGCAAUGAAAAAGCCCAGUUAAAUUUGUUCCCUAAUUAGAUGAAUGGAAUGAAAUGGAGUUUUUAAUGUAAUGAGAUAAUUAUUGAUUCUAAUUAAUUAACUAAACAUAAUUACUAGCCUGUGUUUGCAUUUUAUAGUGAUUUUUUUUUAAAUAAAUAUUUCAAAUAAUAUUUUUAAAAAAAUAUGAUUUAAAUUACCAUUCAAGCCUAAUAAUUCGGAGCAUUAGAUCAUGUUAUUGCUCAGAACUUCAUUUGAUUAGAAAAGAUAUGAAAUCAAAGAGUGUUUUCAAAUACUUGGGUCUAAUUGUAAGGACAAAAAAACUACAACUUUGUUUCUCUUCACCUGCAUUAGAAAGUACAAAUUGAAUUUAUGUCUAAAACAUUUUUUAUUUGAUGAACAACAAGUGUAAACUUCAUAUUAUUUAUGAAUCUGUAUUAACCAAUGUAACAAGUAUAUACAAUUUGUCUGGCAAGCUUUAAGUGUUCUAUGUGAGCAUAUGUUACAGUUCUAGGCAUUGGUAAGCUGUGAAGUGCCAGUAUGAACCAUUUCUUGUUUCUUUGUUGAGAAUUAAUUUUUUUUUUUUCUAAAUCACAACAUAUUUCUAAGACAAGAAAUAUUUCUAUUAGUCCUUUAGUUUGUAGUGUUUAUCAUUGAACUGAUUUCUCAUAGAACUAGUUUCUAAAUCUAGUUUGAAAGUCUUGGGUAUAAAUGAAGUUGUUUCUCUAAAACAGAUGUAAAAAAUGAACAAAAUAAAAGACAAUACAAUU